AUGCAACAGCUACAACAAAUAGCUAACCGUGAGCAAGAGAUGCUGGUGGUUGACUUGGAAGACAUUGCAGAACAUGAAAAGACGGUCGCGGAACUAGUUAAUCGCAUUCGUCAGAACACUCGACGAUAUGUCAUACUGUUCAGCGAAGUGGUGGACAAGCUCAUGCCGGUCCCUACCAAGGACAUUAGCGAACAAGAUGAAGUUAUUGACGUCAUCCUGCAUCAACGAAGAGAGAGAAACGAGAGACUUGACGGGGCGCAGGAGGGCUUCCCGGAUCAUUUGCUCAGACGAUACAAUCUCUACUUUCGACCUCUACUGUCUGACAUUGCUAUGGCUGUACGCGACGUCAAAGGCACUCAUCUAGGCAAGCUCAUUACGGUACGCGGUAUCGUAACGCGCGUGUCCGAGGUCAAGCCACUGUUGAAAGUGAACGCGUAUACGUGCGAUGUCUGCGGUUCGGAGACAUUCCAGGAGGUUUCUAGCAAACAGUUCACGCCCAUAUUCGAUUGUCAGAACGAAAACGAAUGUAAAAAGAACGGCAUACAUGGCUCAUUGCACAUGCAGACGCGAGCCUGCCGAUUCAGUCCGUUCCAGGAGGUGAAAAUCCAGGAGAUGGCGGAUCAAGUUCCUGUUGGCCACAUUCCUCGUUCGAUGACCGUACAUGUUCAUGGAAGCCUCACGCGGCAGAUGAGCCCGGGGGAUGUUGUACACCUUGGCGGGAUCUUCCUUCCCAUCCCAUAUACUGGAUACCAAGCCGUUCGCGCUGGUCUUCUCACCGAUACCUACCUAGAGGUGAACUAUAUCUUUCAGUUGAAGAAACAAUACAGCAACAUGGAGAUUACACCAGAGAUCCGGCAGCAGCUCAUUGAGCUCAAGGACGACCCGCAGCUGUACAGUAAGCUUGCGCAGAGUAUUGCUCCGGAAAUCUACGGCCAUGUCGAUGUGAAGAAAGCUCUCCUACUGCUGCUCGUUGGUGGCGUUACCAAGACACUAGGGGACGGUAUGAAAAUUCGUGGAGAUCUCAACGUUUGCCUGAUGGGCGACCCCGGUGUGGCGAAGUCCCAGCUUCUCAAGUAUAUCUCGAAGGUUGCCCCGCGCGGGGUGUACACCACGGGAAAGGGCUCUUCUGGCGUCGGUCUAACAGCAGCUGUUAUGCGGGACCCUGUCACCGACGAAAUGGUCCUUGAGGGUGGUGCGCUUGUUUUGGCCGACAAUGGCAUCUGCUGUAUUGAUGAGUUUGACAAGAUGGAGGAAUCUGAUCGAACAGCCAUCCACGAAGUCAUGGAGCAGCAGACGAUAUCCAUAUCUAAGGCCGGCAUCUCGACAACGCUGAAUGCACGCACCUCCAUCUUGGCUGCCGCUAACCCUCUUUACGGUCGCUAUAACCCUAAACUGUCGCCAGUCGAGAACAUCAACCUUCCUGCCGCUCUGCUGUCCCGAUUUGACCUCCUGUUCUUGAUUCUGGACAAGCCCACAAGGGACGACGACGAACGACUUGCACAGCAUGUCACACAUGUGCACAUGUACAACACGCACCCCGAGCUUGAAUUCCAACUCGUUGAUCCACAUCUCGUCAGACAUUACAUCGCCCUUGCUCGCCAACGGCGCCCAACGGUCCCGCCAGAAGUCUCUAACUAUGUCGUUGAGUCCUAUGUGCGCCUGCGCAAGGUCUCCAAAGACGAGGAGAUGCAGAAGAAGUCGCACACAUACACUUCCGCACGGACUUUGCUUGGUGUUCUCCGGCUUGCGCAAGCCCUUUGCCGUUUGCGGUUCUCUGAUUAUGUCAGCCAGGAAGAUGUCGACGAGGCUCUGCGUCUGAUGGAGGUGAGCAAGGUGAGCUUGCAAGAAGAGGACGACGAGGAGCGCGAGCACGACCGCUCCGACGUGAGCAAGAUCUACAGGCUCAUCUUGCAAAUGAUGACCGACCAUCGGUCUGGCGACUCGGACGACGAGGAUCUCGAUGAACUGUCUUUGAUCGACAUCCGUGCUCGCGUUCUCAGAAGUGGUUUCACAGAAGCCCAGCUAAUGGAAACGAUUGUGGAGUACGAAAAUAUGGACGUGUGGACACGCGUGGCGAAUAACUCAAAGCUACGGCUCAUCAAUUCAAUAGACAGCUGA